AGACGAGGAAAUCUGCCCAAGAUGCGCUAUUUUGGCGUCAGUUUCCAGAGAUCGCUUCUGCAGGGAGGCAUGAACGCGUUGCAUCGUAGCUCAACUUGCUGGGGGGCUCCAAGUUCUGCUCUGAGCGAACAGACGAUGGCUAGACAGGCUGGCAUCGGCAUGGUUCUUUGUCGAAGCUUCUCUAUCUCUGCAGCUGCCGGGAACUUGUGUGACAAAAUUGGAUUCAUUGGAGCUGGAAAUAUGGCUAAGGCAAUUAUGGGCGGUAUGAUUCGAAACGGGGUUCAGAGAGCACACAAUGUGAUGGUUUACGAUGUGUCAACCGAUCAGAUGGAUGCAUGCUGCAAAGCAUUUCCUGGCAUUAGAAAGGCAGAAUCAUUGCAUAAUCUGCUUAUGGAUGCCGACAUAGUUCUUCUAGGAGUGAAGCCUCAAAAUGUUGAGGCAGUUUUAAAACCUCUCAAGGCAGAGGUUGAGAAGAUGGGUCCUCUCCGCACUGACACAGUUCUCGCGUCCAUCAUUGCUGGGGUUCCGCUGCAUGCUUUCCAGAAAUACACUGGAAUGGAGAACAUUGUUCGAGCUAUGCCAAAUACCCCCGUGACUGUAGAGCAAGGGUGCACGGUAUGGUGUUCUACAAGGGAUUUGCCCAAGGAAAAGAAGGAGCUCAUCUCUAAGCUAUUUUCUGCUAUUGGAGACGAAAUCUAUAUGGAAGAUGAGCGGUUUCUGGACAUGGCGACGGCCAUUUCCGGGUCGGGCCCUGCUUAUGUUUUCUUGACGAUGGAAGCCAUGAUUGAUUCGGGAGUGCACAUGGGAUUUCCUAGGCAUAUUGCUGAACGACUGGUGAUGAAUACACUUCUAGGAACUUGCUUGUACGCAAUCCAGUCCGGAGAACAUGUUUCCAAGCUUCGCAAUGACAUCACCAGCCCUGGCGGAACAACUGCGAGCGCAAUCUACAACCUGGAGAAGGGAGGAUUCAGAACUACAGUGUCCGAUGCCGUCUGGGCAGCUUAUAGGAGGUCGCUCGAGUUGGGCGGUAUGGACUCGAAUGUCGGUCCAGGACGGAACAACACUCUGCCAACUUUCUGGCAAAAGGAUAUGAGGGACGACACCGCUUGAGGCCUGUCUUGUGGCUGAUGGCACUGGUCCUUUUUUUGUACAUUGUUCGUGAUUCACUUGGAUUGUUCGUCUUGGAUGGUCAAUACAGCAAAGCACUUCUG